GCAACGUCACCUAUCCUUUCUCCCUCCCUCCCUCUCGUAGCAUCCCAUCCCAUGUCACUGUCAGCAACCCAACCCAUAGCCACCGGAAGAUGAGAGCUCCAGCUCCAGCUCCUCUUCCCGCGCUGCUCUCUCGCUGCUCCUCGCCGCCCUCCUCGGCCCCGCCGCGCCGCCUCCUCUCCUCCUCCCGCACGCCGGCCGUCUGCCGCCCGCCUCCGGCCGUCGCCCGCUCUGUCUCCGUCUCCGUCGAUGCGCCGGCGGCCGCCGCGGAGCCCACUGUCUUGGGCGCGCCCUCCGCGACGCCGCGCCGUCGCCUCAUCCUCCUCCGCCACGGGGAGAGCACCGCCAGGGGCCGCUCCACAAGAGAUCAUGACAGACCUCUAAGCAAGGCUGGGAGAGCUGACGCAAUCAGCGUUUCUAAUAAACUCCAACAGAUGGGAUGGAUACCGGAGCUUAUCCUCUGCAGUGAUGCAAUGCGUACAAAGGAAACUCUUAAGAUACUGCAAGACCAUGUCCAAGGAUUGUCUGAAGCAGUAGUGCACUUUAUCCCAAGUUUCUACUCAAUUGCGGCUAUGGAUGGCCAAACUGCAGAGCAUUUGCAAAAGGCGAUUUGUGAAUAUUCGAGUGAUGAGAUCUUAACUGUGAUGUGCAUGGGGCAUAAUAAAGGAUGGGAAGAAGCUGCCUCUAUGUUUUCUGGUGAUUCAGUAGUGCUUGAGACAUGUAACGCUGCGUUGCUAGAAGCUGCAGGCAAAUCAUGGGUUGAGGCAUUUUCUCUGGCUGGUUUGGGUGGAUGGAAGCUUCAUGGGAUCGUAAAGCCAUGAAUUGUUGUAACUAAAAGCUAGAUGUAAUUUUUGUAGCUGUUUCUUAAUUCUUAUUAACCUUUGUGUAGUUGUUUUUACAUGCCACUGAAGCCUUCAGUCUGAAGGUAUUAAUGUGGAUAGAUAGGUGAGAUGAAUGAAUUCUUCCACGGUCCA